UUGCAUGGAUGGUGGUUUGGGCCGUUUGGGCAUGAUGGGAUGGUUUGGGUUUAGGUUUGCUACGCUGUAGUGGCUGCAGUUUAGGGUUUAAGCAGGUGUUCUGUGUUUUAGCUUAGCUUUUAGUUGGUUUAGUGGUUUAUUUUUAUGUCUGCUAGGCAGGAAUGGUAGGAUCGUGAAAGCCACACCUACUGCAGUGCAUUGAGGAUGGAGGUGCCAGAACAAAGUUGGAAGAAAGUGCUGUAUGAUGACCAGAGUGUUCCUGACAAUUAUGUUGACCAGUCAUUUCUGGGCCAACUGCGUAAAAAUGUGAACCUGGUCCAUUUCAGCCUGACUGAAGCACUCUAUGGCGUCACUGGUAUGGUGCAGCAAAUUUGCCGCACAGUCCUGUUUGCUGUGCUGUUUGGCCACCUGCAGGGAGGCCUGCUGCAUCCGUCAGAACUUUUUGUUGGGUUGGCCUUGCUUGGCUGGCCAACAUACUUGCUGUAUGCAUUUGUGCAGGAAAGGAAAACUGGUGAAGUGGUGGAAGACCUUCGCCGAGCAGCCAUAUUUGUGGCAUUUGGAUCGUCUUUGGCACCUAUUAUGGGUACCCUGACAGAGACCAUAAGCACUGACACUGUGUAUGCUAUGGCUGCUGGGGCACUGCUGCUACAUGUGGCCUGUCAUGACUAUACUCCUGGUUCAAGGACGCAAGGAGUUUGCACAGCAGAAGCUCAAGAACCAGCUUCUGAUGAUGGCCGGCUCUGGCUUGUCGAAAUGGAUCAUUUCCUGAACACCACUUUAGCCAUGUCAAUUGGUGUCCUUGCCCACAUUGCCCAAGUAUUGUGUUUCACCACCUUACAUGCCGAUCAAAGUUUUCCAAGGCGUCAAAGGAUCCUUCCACUGCGACAUUGCUUAAUACUUCAGAGAAAAAUGCGGUCUUCUGUUUAAGUAAAGCUGAGCAUGUUGAGUGAGGCAUUUUCGUUGUUAGGUGCAUUUGAUACAUUUUCAAAACAUUGCAGGCCUUGUGAGAAACUGAUUGCAUUAACUAGGUGGUGCCCCUGCAUCUUUAGCUAGAAAAUUGACUACAAACCAACUCAAGAGCCAACUUUGGCCCAAGGCAGAUGCUGAAGUUUUAACUUCAACAUCCGAAUGCAAUGCCAAUUCUGCACAGGUAUGGUUGCUAGAAGGGCAGGUGUACGAAUUGUUUGCUGGAGAAGGGAUAUGCAUUAUGCUGCUGUUGUGCUGCUGCUGACACAUACUCAAUGUUGAGACUAAGAUUGCCAAGAUAUAUGCUCUUCCUUGUGCUAACCUCCACUGUGGCAAUUUUGUUCCUCUGUAGCAUGCUUUCAGGGCACCGCAAGUUCGCAUAGUGCACAUUGUGUUCCUGUCAGUGUAACAUUGCAAGCUGAGCUACUGUCGGACAUGUUCACCACAUGACUUAUACCCCUGCCAAUAACAUCUCGCCAACACUGAGAAAGAUAUGUUCUCCAAGAGCUUAACUGUCACCAUGUAAGUCAUUGGCACUUCUUGGUGGGGCACAAGAAAAUUUUUAAAUAAAUGCUGCUGCAUCGGUACAGCAGGAGCACAACUCUUUAGGAAAUGUUGAAUAACUGACACUGCCCUAACAUGGGAAAUGUUCAUCCUCAUAGAAGCUGAUAUGAAUUCACCUCAUAAAAAAAUUAAAGUAGCAAACGUGAGCGCAGUGUGUAUAAUCAAAGUGCACUUAAAAAUAAUGUGUAACAGCACCUGAUCUGCAUGGACAAGCUUGAAAGUUUCCCUGUGACAGGCAUAUCGCAAGUGCACUGUCAUUUGCUUCUUGUAUUUUAGUAGUUUAUGCAGCUGAGAUUUCACUGAAUGCCAAUGCAUCAUUUAAGAUAGAAAGGUCUUACCAUUCCAAUGGUUCCUGCAAGUUGACACAGAUUUUCUGUGUAUCUUUUAUUUUCAGAUACCAGAUCCAAACAGCGUAUAUGUGAUAGAGUUCAAAAAAGAGUAAACAUAGUUUAGUAGAGCAAAUCAUUAUAUUGGCAACAAACAGCUUAGUUAAAAAUCAUGUGCUGCCAAGACUUUAGUAAUGUAUUAAAUAUUGUGAAAAGCAGUAUUUUCCCAGAUAAAGUGAGUGGUAAGAAUUCGCGCACAUCAAACUGUUAAUCCAUUGCGAAAUUGCUGCUAUGCCAAUUUUUAGAUCAAGCAAUUUUGAUAAACUCAGUGCUGAAUAAAGUGCAGAUAGAUUGAAGCAGCACAAUAAUGCUGUACCAUAGUAGCUUGCAACUCAAAAAGUUGUUAGGAAAGCACAUAUACUAGGUAAAAAUAGCAAAGCAUCCCGAAAUUAAGGAGUGAGAAACUGCAGAUCAAGGGACAAACUGAAAAAUCCACAUGAUAUUUUACCUUGGCUGCCCUCAGCCAAAAAAUGAUGUGAGCUUAUCAGACCUUAUGUGUACUUUGCUGUGCCAGAGUGAGCAGCAGCGAGAGAAAACCUGAAAAUUUGCAUUUCCAACUGAAAUACAAAAACAAGUAGGAAGUAAACAGCUGAUGGUGAACUUGUGGAAUAGAAUUCUGUCAGGUGCCUGGUGAUGUUUUGUCAUCAUCAUGUGUAAGAAAAUGAAGGCCUUUAUAGGGCUCAGCCUCUCUAGCUUUCCAAUCACGGCAGCUGUGACUCAUGGUAUUACUUUUCCGGGCAAAAUACAAAAGAGAAACAGGCUGUCAGAAUGAUGCUUGCAAUGCUGUCAAGGUCUUAAGAUGUUAAUCAAGAUGCAAGGAACUUUUGAACCAUGAUAAGCCUUUAUGGGACAUGAGUAUAAAAGAAAAACAUAUAUAUCAACAAUGCACGCGUUACAAACCCAAUAGAAAAACCCUAACACACGGCAAACUAUCCACAGAGCGAGUUAAUUGAAGAUAUUCUCUGAAGUCCUUACACACGAUGUAUUAUAAUGAUCAAAAUAUUUACAUCAAGUCCACCGACGUGGCCGCGUCGCCUAGUCGUCGCUGCUUCCGACGACACAUUGAUAGGCCCGAAUCACGGCACGAAUCAAGGAUCCGAAAUCGCUGUGUCCGACGUUCGGUUCAUGGUUGACCUGGUCAGACGGUCAGGGCAGUGGGGUGCCCGAAGCGCCUGGAUCGCCUGGUCGACUCUGCUACCCUGCUGAUCGUAGCUGCGGCCUCCGGUGGGGUGCCCACUCAGCUUGCUGGCCAUGGCCGCGGCAGCUGAAGAACAGCUUCCACUCGGUUGCCACCAUUUACGCGAUCCACCUAUGCUGUCCAGCCUCCAGCUCCUUCUUCCCCCGUCGUCCCAGAGCGUCGCUGAACUCCUCUCUUCUGCUAUGUGUCCCUUCUCUGCCUUGGCCACGUAGCUCUGUGUGCAUUUUUGCACUUCUUCUAUCAUAUAUUCCAUUCUUUUUAUUCGGACACUUCCUUAUUUUCUCUUUUUUUUUAUUUAUCUCUUCUGCAGCCUCCUCGUCCUGUAUUGUCCUCUUCAAAUCUUCUUUUUCUUCUUCUCCCUGCUUCUUUCUUGGCUCAUGACAAAUGCAAGCAACAAACCCUUUUGUGCACAGCCAACGGCAGUAGGUCUCUGUAUUGAUAAACAUGCCAUCCAUCACUGUCAUGAAAUACCAACAUGCUGUCUCUAUGUUGCAGAAGCUGUGCAGUACUAACACCUCUCCCUUCCAUCUGCCAUAACAUGGGUUCUACAUGCAUGCCACCAUGCAUGCCAUGGACAGACUCCACGUAUAGUUCGACUUCAUAACAGGUCAACGUCCCAACACAAGACACUCAUUUUUUUAUAGUUCAGAAUUUUUUUGCUCUUGCUCAUUUAGAGCAAGUGUACUAUAUCACAAGCUGUCGGCGAGGCCCAUGUAGGGACUGCCGGUUUGAUGAUGGGGCAGCUGAUGACAACACUAUGAUGAGCGAACACUGGCAGAAAGCAUGUGAGAGGAAAAGACUGAGAGCUAUCUCGGCUGUCAAUUCCACCAGUUCCCACAGUCCUCGACUAAAGAUGGCUGCACCUACAAGCACUGCAAAUUUUGUGUACAAAAAAGGCGGAAGGUUAACUUAUAUGUGGCAUUAUAUGGUAGUUAUCCACAGAAGUGAGACAGAAGCACAAAAGGUCCUGCUGCAUAGUAAGUUUUGAAUUAAGGAUGAUUAACUGAGCUUUGACUACACGUGUUAACUAGCCUUUAAGAGAUUAAUCGCUGCCACUUGUGACAGUGACGGUAGAUGCGAAAUGACAUUCACUUAGGUGGCAGGUGCCAAAGCAAGGUGAAUUAAGCACUUUUGACCAUGUCAAUCAAGAGCUUUUGUUUGUAGACAUAAUCACCAGCACAGUAGCAUACUAUUGCCUUUUUGUAUGCCAUAAAGCAAGUAGGAGUUACAUGCUUUGACAGCACAAGAAUAGCUGGUACCGGCUAGGCCAUGCUAGUUGAAACUAGCUGAAACUAGUUCUUAAGCCUACAUUUCUACCCAUUAAGCAGUGCAUGCAAUGUUUGUGUGUAAACAACGUGUUGCACAAAAGUAGAUGCAUUGGUGCAGAUGCAGACAUUAUUCAAAAUGCUAAUAUUUGUGAUGACUCUUAUUGUUUGUCUUCUCUUGUGGCACUGUUUUUGAGAUUGUGUUGCUCCACUAGUGCACUUAAAGAACACAGUGUUGUUUUUUU